AAUGAUAAAAAACAUGGUAUUUAAAUAUUUUUAAGUAAAAAUCAUACAUUUUUUUAAUAGGUACUUAGUGUAAGUCGUACGCAUACCUCACGAUAGAAAAUGCUCAAGAAAAUUUUAGUUUUGUGUUUGGUUUGCAAUGCCUGUAUGGCAUACACAGCAACUAUAUCUCAAGCAGCUGUUAGCAAUAAUAACAACAAUAUAGGAACUAUAUCUGCCAUUUUGAAGGAAAUACUUAAAAUUACUGGCAUAGUGACUGCAAAUAAUGCGUCCAUUUUACAGAAUGCAACAGUACACGUUGCCACGAUAUUUAGUAACGUACUUCCACCGUUACCGCCCGGUUUGCCACCAUUAAACCUAGAUGAAGUUAUUCUCUCAGUUUUUAAAUGGUUCCAGGAUAUUUUAAUAUGGUACGCCACUGUAAUAAAGAAAUUAGAAGACUCUUUGAAACUUCCAUCGUUACAGAGCUUGCCAAAUGUUCCUGGUAAUUUCACAAUUGAUGAAACAGGAAAAUCUAUAACAGACUGGGCAACUGUUAAUCAAAAAAGUAUACAGGCGGCAAUUGAUGAAGCGCUUAAAGGAGUAGAACCUUUUCCUCCUUAUCCAGAUAUAUUUCCAAAAAUUGCCAAGCAAUACGUAGAUUACCUUCAAGUCAUCCCAGAUUCAAUAAGAGAAGUCAUCAAGAAUACAGUAAAAUCAAUUGGGGAAGAAAUCAACAAAAUGGUUCAAGAUAUGAUUAAAGACGCCGUUAAAGCAGCUAUCCCACAAGCGCUGAACAUUCCUAAAAUACAACUAUUUCCAAACAAUACGUUACCAAAACUAUUUGGUUUUUAGAAAAGAUAUAAACACAAAUCAGACUUUUGUAAAUAAUAAUUCUAAUUAUUGUUUAACCUAAUUUGUAUUUUGUUUCUAAUAUGGUUCUUUUCAUGAGCAUUUUUCAGUGCGUCACAGUUUUUCGAUUUCUCUCUAACGCAUUAAAUUGUUUGUGACAGAAAAAAACGCACGUCUCUGAUUACAUUUCGUCGGUGACAUUUAUAACAUUUAAUCUAGUUGUCAAUAGAUGGCGCUAGUAAAAAAAAUUAAUCUGUACAAUUUAUAAGACUAUGCAAAUCAAAAAUAUACCAUUUUAUAAAUGCAAUAAACAAAAUUGAUUUGUUUUUAUACCAAAUUGCAAAUAAAAUGUGACAACUGUCAGAUUGAAUGAAAAUGUCAUGUUAGAAUAAAUGUCAUAAAUGUGUAUUUAUCACGGACUAACCUUUUUUUCUAUCAUUUGUGACGCACUGAAAAAUGCUCAUGACAAGAACCAUAGGUACUGUUCACAUAAUUUAAAUGUAUAAAAUAAUAAGUAUAUAAAUAAAAUUUGUUUUAUUUCCUA